AUGACCGUAAACAACGAGGAAUGGGGAGCUUUCAAAACGAACAAAUGGCUCUUCACCACGCCUUCGUCGUCGUACAGUCGUCCAAGAACGCCGGUACAAAAGUCAAUGGAUUCCGAGAGUGAAACUAACGGAAAAGCAGUCGAAAUACCAGGUAAGUAUUGAUUUUUUGAUAGUUUUCCCAACAAAAAACCGAAUUCUUGCAGAAAAACCAGAAAAACGCGCAAAUCGACCGCGAACUCUUUCCGAUCGCGGGAACGAGAUUCUGGACAAUCACGAAGCUGUCAGCCAUCUAUACGCAUGGAAUUGGGCCGAGCUGAAAGAGGUUCGUCUGAAUUUGCUGCAUGUUUCAUUCUUUUUUUUCAGAAUUAUCCUGAAAAAGGCAUCCAAAAUCCGUCGAUCUACUGCUACGCAAUUUCAUGCGUACAAUUGCUCUCGCACGUUCCGGCUAUCGUUCGGAUAAUCCAGGAUCAUCGCUGCUCAGACCAGAGUGAGUAUUUUGGUGUGGAAGACUAAAAACAACAUGAAUUCAGCGUGUCUGUGCUGCAACUGGAAACGAUUCUUCUUGCAAACCAAUCAACACGCCGGAAUAAUCAAUUGGUUCCGAGAGGCGUUCAGAAAAGACAAAAAAUUCAAUCAGGGGCGGCAAGAGGACGCUCACGACGCCCUUCUUGCCAUUCUCGGCAAACUCGACAAAAUUGCAGCGAUGAAUCCGAGAUUCAAAGACCGAAAAGUGGCUGACGACCUGUUCGGAUAUACAAUCAGAAAUGAAGGUAAACUACUUUUCAACUACCCCAUAACCUAAACCAUGAAACUUUCAGUUCAAUGCCGAGUUUGCAAGAACAAGCACAUCUACUACGAGAAAAACACAGUGAUGACCGUGCGGAUGCUCAAAAAAGACCCCUCCGGUCGAAGCCAUUUCAUAAAGGAGCUCAUGCAGCAAGUCUUCUCUCCAUCCACCAUCUAUGGCUACAAUUGCUCAAAGUAACCGAAAAAAACAUCGUUUUUUUUUCAAAAAUGAUCAUCUGUUUUCUUGCAGCUGUAAGAAGAAGUCGGAUGCUCCGGUGAAGCCGACGUUGCUCCGUGCCCCGCAAAUUUUGCUCCUCCACAUAUCGCGUUUCUCGUUCGACGGUUGGGGAAAGAAGAUCUCGCGGCCGGUCCAGCUAAACGAGAGUCUCGACGUAUCGAGCAUGGCGACCGCCGGCGCCUCGACCGUCUAUAAAUUGUGCGGAGCGAUCAUUCACAACGGUCACACCCUGGAUUACGGUCAUUAUUGGUGUGUGGCGCGCUCGCGAAGGAACGAGGAGCGAUUUGUGACACUGAAUGAUUCUUCAGUGAGUGAGCGGAUUAUGUAAAGUGUCUAGAACGCACUUUUUUCUAUCAAAAACCAUAAAAAAAAAUAAUAAAAACCCCUAUUCGGUUUCAGGUCUCUCAACACGUGGAUCAGCGAGACGUGACCCAAUCGUACAUAGUCAUGUACCGCCGCGCCGAACAUCUCUUCCGCCCGGGCAGCAACGGAAAAUCGAUGAUUUAA